AUGCAGGGCCCUUUUGAAGAUAAGGAAGCUCUAGCUGACAUAUUUACUUAAGUAAAAGAUGUAGAUGAGCAAAUAUUUGAUGUCAUAUUAAAAAUAUUUAGUAAGGAAAAAGUUUAAGACUGUAUUGGAUAUUUUUCAGAUAUUGAGAAUCAUAGACAUUUAGAAUAAUCAAUCUUCCAACAACAAGAAUACUUAAAACUAGUCGAUGAGUAAUAGAAAUUGCACGAUGUUAGAAAUAAAAUAAACAAAAUUACAAAUGUCUUAAAAAAAUUAAAAGAUCAUUAGUUCAAUAACAAAGAUUUUUCAACAGAAGAAAAUUAUAAAUCUACUUUAGAUCUAAUUAACAGAAUAAAGGAUGAGAGAUAAACUAUAUAAUUCCUAAAAUUUUUAGUUCACCUCACAACUAUAGUAGAACAAUUCAUUCAAUGUGGAUCAAAUUCACUAUGUUUAUUAGUUGAAAUGAAGGUAGAUUUGACAAAAAAGAAUUUUGAAAAUAUAAAGAUUAAAAACACCUAGUUGAUUGGAGCUAAUUUUUCAAGAUGUAAUUUGAAUGGAUCUCAUUUUGAAAAUGUAGAUAUAAGUGGAAUGAACUUAAAUGGUGCCUAAUUAUUUUAUUGUAAAUGGAAAAAUAUUAAAAUUAAUGAAUUAAUUUUUUUUGAUUGUCAGGGGGAAGUGUCAAAUCUAUAUGUUUCUCUCCUGAUAGCAGUACGAUAGCAUUAUGUUGUAAGGACAAGUCUAUCCGUUUAUAGGAUAUAAAAACAGGAAAAGAAAUAUUUAAGUUCGAUAAUCAUAGGGAUUUUGUAUUUCGGCAUGUUUCUCUCCUGAUGGCAAAACAUUAGCCUCUUGUAGUAAGGAUAAGUCUAUUUUGUUAUGGGAUCUUUAGGCUGGAUAACAAGUAUUGAAAUUUUAUAAAAUGAAAUUAGAAGGACAUAGAGAUUGCAUAUGUACAGUUUCAUUUUCUCCAAAAGGAGAUGAAAUAGCAUCAGGCAGUAAUGAUAAAAAAAUCAUUUUAUGUGAUUCUAAAACAGGAUAACCAAUUAGAAAAUUAGUAGGCCACAAUGGAAUUGUUUUGGCAAUAUGCUUUUCUCCUUCAGGUUCUAUAUUAGCAUCUGGUAGUCGAGACAACUCUAUAUGUUUAUGGAAUACAUAGACAGGUUAACAAUAAUCAUAACUAUAUUGUAAUGGAGGUUAUAUUCAAUCAUUAUGCUUUUCUCCUGAUGGUACUACAUUAGCAUCUGGUAGUUCAUAUAGCAUUUUGUGUGUAUGGACUGUGAAGACAGGAAAAGAAAUAUUUUAAAAAGAUUGUUAAAUUGGAAUUAUUUUUUCUAUAUAAUUUUCACCAGAUGGUACUACUUUAGGAUCUGGUAGCGAAGAUAAUUCUGUUCACUUAUGGAAUUCUAAGACGAGUGAACAAAAAUUAAAAUUGCUUGGCCAUAGCAAUUAUGUAAGAACAGUUUCAUUCUCCCCUGAUAGUACAACCUUGGCAUCUGGUAGUGAUGAUUAUUCUAUCCGUUUAUGGAAUCUAAAAACAGGUUAAGAAAAAUCUAAAUUAGAUGGUCAUCAUGACUGCGUAUUAUCAGUGUGUUUCUCGCAUGAUGGAAAAAAACUUGCUUCUAGUGGAAUUGAUGUAUCUAUCUGUAUCUGGGAUGUAUAAGAAAAAUUCACCUUGGAUAGUCUGUAAGAUAAUAUGCCUUUAGCAUGUAUUUCACCAGAUGGAAAUACAUUAGCUUCUGGUAGUUAUGAUAACUCUAUCCGUCUAUGGGAGGUCAAAACAGGAUAAUAAAAAGCCUAAUUAGAUGGUCAUACUCAUUAUGUUAUAUGGGAAAUCAAAAACAAGUAUUGUUCAGAUUAUAUAUUUAAAGAAAUUUAGGUUAAAAAUACAAGAUAUCCUUUUUUAACACACUUUGCAGUAAAAUAAUAUUAUUUAACAUUUAGAUACAUCUAAUAUUAUGGUUUACCCAGACUUCAAUUUUUCAAGUUUUAAGAGAGUUGUUUAUAAAAAACCGUUUCCUUUUAGGAGAAUUAUUGGAGUAAAUUAUAAUUUCUUACCAUAAAACUUGAUUAAUUUAAAAACUAACAUAAAUUAACCCUUAAUUUAAAUCUAUUUUAAUAUACUUCUUGUGUCCAAUAUUUGUUGA